AUGGACAGCGACACGAUGAAAGAAUCCCCUCGGCGCCUUGAUAUCAUGAAGGACGAGCAGAUGAACCCAGAAGCAGCACCACGUUUGUCCCGCAAAAGAGCACGGGCAGACUCGGUCUUGCAGCCAGUCUCUGAUGAUGAUCUGAACAAGGGUUCAGUUCCGACCGAAGAUCGUCGAGGAAAUCCGCCAAUCUGGGCCAAUACCCGACAGCAAGUUGUGGAUGCAAUCGAUUGGUACCGUAGCAUGCAAGGGGGUGUGGCGCACUCUAACAAACGAUGCACCGGAUUUCUUGUUGACGGAGAUAACGGUGGUCGCUCUGUGAUGACGGAUGAGGCGAUAAUCACUCGCGUCGGUGGUGGAAGCACCAAGGAUGGUGAAGGAAAUCUCAGUCUCAAAAAGGACCAGUCUCCCGAUGGCGUUAUUAUUACCGCGGUGAUGACAAGCAUGCAGGAGCACCAGCCUGUAGGAGUCGUAAUCGGUUCCAACAACAAGCUCUUGAAUAUCAAAAUCCCUCACCGCUACUGCGUCCUCGACUGGUUCAUCAUCACUGAUGUCUGGUCAGAGAGGAUAGGAAAAUUUGCUGGGUAUCGGUUGCGACUUGAGAAGCUGGAUUGGUCGACAAAAGGCUGGUGGACCGGAAGUGAUACUCAGAAAAGUCUGCAACCUGGCAACGUGCAUGAAGGUUCCGUUCCGAACCCCCCUGUACGCACGUGUGGGGAAUGUGGCUUGCCAAGCAAACAGAUCUAUGCCGAGCCAGGCUGGAUGUGUCUUCAACCAACAUGCUCACAAUUCUGGAAGAUCGGGGGUAAGGAGCCUUCUCCCGCGGCACCUUUUGUGUACCACCCUGGCUUCCUGAACAAUCGGCUUUCAACGCAUCUGGACAGCCACGACCCAGGUGCACUGGCACAAAUUUUUGACAGAAAUUUGGAGCCUUCACUGGGAUCUGCCGAUCGUGAGGAAUGGAAGGGCAUCGUCUGUCCACACUGUCACAAGUGUAUCCAGAGAAUCACUUGGGACGCCUGGGAUUGCUCCAACGAUCCAGCACGUGGGCCCAAUGAGACCUGCAGCUACCGGGUAGAAAGAAAAAUCCGGGAGAUUCCGUUGGACUCACUUGUCAGGGGCGUAAAGCCGUAUCUUCCAAAGCAGCUCGAGUGCACCAUUGCGCCAGCUAUCGAUAGACUGACUUAUGCCCCCUACGAAACCCGGAUCUACGAGAUCCCUGGUGGCGGCUGGAUCACCCACUUUGUCGCCAAUGACCAGAUCAACGGCCGCCCGAGUGGCCCGAAUGACCUGUUUGACCGAUUGCAGAAGCUUGACCUCGGUCUCAGGCGAUAUCCGCUCACCAACUCCCAGGUGCCGGGAACACUCACCUGCCACUUCGCUGUCAACUACGGCGUUCCUUACAAAUACGUUGUCUCGGUAAAUUCUAAGGCGUUCAGUGAGGCCCCAACAGAGAUUCUCACUGCGUUGGGCCGCCUGUCCUGGGCCACGGAACAGGCCGUGAAGCGAAGUGGAGGUGAGUAUCAGCCACCGAAUGAGUUGCUGGCACUCGGAUACUUCGAGCAGAUGAAGAUCGGGUUCCAUGACGACGGCGAAAAGAUCUUGGACCCACGAUUGCGACCCUGUCGCUUGGGUCCCGGUCCAGGAUGUUCGUCCGCAUGA